CACAUGUGAUGCUAAACCUCUAAGAAUGAAAAAACUGAAAUCAAAUGAAUGAAAAGGGGGGCAGGGACAGUCAGGCUGGGGAGGAAAGGUCUAAAUGAUGCUGGAUGGAAGGGGAGGAGCCGGUACACCUGUGCAAGACUGGAGGGGAGGAGCCGGUACACCUGUGCAAGACUGGAGGGGAGGAGCCGGUACACUUGUGCAAGACUGGAGGGGAGGAUCCAGCACACCUGUGCAAGACUGGAGGGGAGGAGCCAGUACACCUGUGCAAGACUGGAGGGGAGGGGACGGUACACCUGUGCAAGACUGGAGGGGAGGAGCCGGUACACCUGUGCAAGACUGAAGGAGAGGAGCCGGUACACCUGUGCAAGACUGAAGGAGAGGAGCCAGCACACCUGUGCAAGACUGGAG